CUCUCUUAGUUCUUUCUAACAGAACAGAGCAACCAAGUUACAACCCUGUUUUUGCUGAAUAUUGCCCAUACAACUGGACUGGCUUUAGAAGCAAAUGCUACUACUUUUCGGAAGAAGAAGGGGAUUGGAACUCCAGCUACGAUUUUUGCCUCUCAAACAAUGCAUCUCUUGCUAGGAUUGAAGAGGAUGAAAAGGUGAGGUGUGGAAACAUUGUCUGUCCCAGUACGUUUCUGAGCACAAUUCAAAGUGUUGGUGUUGACCUUUAAAUGGCCCUAAAUGGCCUCGGUCCAGUAUACCUGAAGGAGCAUCUCCACCUCCAUCGUUCUAUCAGACACAGAGGUCCAGCGCCGAGGGCCUUCUGGCGGUUCCCUCGCUGCGAGAAGCCAAGUUACAGGGAACCAGGCAAAGGGCCUUCUCGGUAGUGGCACCCACCCUGUGGAAUGCCCUCCCAUCAGAUGUCAAGGAAAUAAACAACUAUCUGACUUUUAGAAGACAUCUGAAGGCAGCCCUGUUUAGGGAAGCUUUUAAUGUUUAAUAGGUUAUUGUAUUUUCAAAGCCAUGGUUUGUUCGAGAAACCACAAGUUAACCAUGAGUUGUCCUAUGGGUGGUCAAAGAAACCAUGGCUUUGGCUCAACUGCUCUUGCCUCAUGCCUUUGUAGCUUGGUUAGUGGUCAGACAAACCAUGGUUAAACAAGGGUGCUGGGUUAGCACAUAACACUAAGUGAUUGUUAAAACAAACAAGCAUUUGUAAUUAUUAUUAUUAUUAUUAUUAUUGUUAUUAUUAUUUAUACCCCGUCCAUCCGGUCAGGUCUCCCCAGCCACUCCAAGCAGCUCCCAACAGAAUAUUAAUAAUAAGAAGUGCUUUUUUUCUUUAAAAAAUGUUUAGGGGUACUCUCAUUUUCCUACUCAUAUUGAAAUACUGCCCCUCAAUGAGGCCAAACUUAGAUUCACAAAAUGUUUAGAGGUAUGCGUACCCCUGCCUUCCCCCAGAAAAAAGCACUGAUAAUAAUAAUAAAGCAAUAGAACAUCAAACAUUAAAAAUUUCCCUAAACAGGGCUGCCUUCAGAUGUCUUCUAAAAGUCAGAUAGUUGAUUAUUUCCUUGACAUCGGAUGGGAGGGCGUUCCACAGGGUGGGCGCUACCACCGAGAAGGCCCUCUGCCUGGUUCCCUGUAACCUGACAGUAGGCAGUGAGGAAACCGCCAGAAGACCCUCAGAGCUGGACCUCAUUGUCUGGGCUGAACGAUGGGGGUGGAGACACUCCUUCGGGAAUACUGGGCUGAGGCUGUUUGGGGCUUUAAAGGUCAGCACCAAUACUCUGAAGUGUGCUCAGAAACAUACUGGGAGCCAAUGUAGGUCUUUCAGGACCAGUGUUAUAUGGUCUUGGCGGCCACUCCCAGUCACCAGUCUAGCUGCCACAUUCUGGAUUAGUUGUAGCCUGCAACAAACCAUAGCUUCAGAUCAGUAAGUAAACCACAUAAUUCUAACCCAUAGUUUAAUAAACAUUAUUUUAAUAAACCUCGGCUUAUGUGAACCAGGCUAUAUUGUACUUUAAUCAUUAAGUUCAACCAUUAUGUAGUACAAAGGAGCUGAUUUAAAUACAGAAAUAAUUGUAGGGUCAUAGCAGUAAACAUUGAGCAUAUAAAAUAUUUUUUUGUUAAAAAGUAUUUAUUUAAAACAAACAAACACCCCACCCACAGUUGUAUCCUGUGCUGGUAGCUGAACUGAGUUAAGAACUCCAUCCAACACUCGCUGUUAAUGAAACAAAUGCAGGAAAUAGAAUGAGGAUGUUAAAAUGAUGAAAAAAUAAUAAUUAUGUUUAAAAAUGUUAGCGAAUAGUUCUUUUAAAUAUGUUUUUAAAUUUUUGUGUGUUAUAUUUGUUAUAAACUUGGAAAACUAAUUGAAAAAUUGAAAAAAAAAGUUAGAGAAUAAGAACAACUAAUAAGCAGGAUAAGAUAAUGUGUCAAAAAACCAGAAUGGGAAGCUGAGGGAAGUCGUGGGGGGAGGGGGGAAUUGGGGAACAAUAUUUUUGUUAUAUAUUAUAUGAUAUUUGGAUGUCAAAAAAUGGUAAAAUGUUAAUAAAAAUUAUUUAUAUAAAAAAGAACUCCAUCCAACAAGUUGCUCUUUCUUUUUUUAAAAAGAAACUGGUAAACAUUUUGGAUUUGUGUAAUAUUUUCAGUUGCACUGUGAACAUGGCAGUUCAAGGCUCUGAUACCUUCUGGUCUUUUAAAGGCUUAUUGUAAACGUCAUGACAUGAAGAGGAGCUACUGGAUUGGUGUCCAACCAGGGAUGGGAGAGACCCGGAAAUGGCUAAAUGGAGACACAGCGAAGU